AUGUCCGAAUCAUGCGGAUUACCAAAUGUCGAUAUUUUCGAUCCGGUUCAGUGUUCUAAGCGCUGGAGUCAAUGCGCUACUCAGCAGCAGAUUAAUGUUUACCUGAAUAGCGAAAUUGUAAGAACGCAAGAAUGUUUGCAGUUAUUUAAAACCGCUCAGGCUGGCGUUAACGAAAUUCUCGACGGCAAGAUCAAGAACCAUGAAACGCGUAUUGCGGCGCUGGAAAGUGCGGAGGCGCAAUUAAAAUCGGCUCAGGAUUCGUUGGUUAAACAGUUCGCCGAAAUUCAGGCGGGUAAUACUGCGUACCAGACCAGUGUAGAUAAUACGCUGAAACUGUAUCAGGCGAGUAUUAACGCGCUUACCAAUACGACCAAUACGUUAACCUCUGAACAACAGAAGAUGUGGAAUGAGAUUAACGCGCUGAAAGGUUCUAUUGACCCUGCGAAAAUCGAGCAAGCGUUGGCGGGUUAUGAUGCGAUUAUGUCGCAGACCAAAGCCCUGAUCGAACAAAACAACACGGCGUUGCAAGUUCAGUUUAAACAACUGGAAACCAAAUUCGCUACCCUUCAAUCUGAUACUUUGGGAGCUAUUGCCGAUAAUGAAUCAGCGACAGCGAAACGUUUUAAUGACUUUGCUCGAACUGUUAAUGCAGAUAUUGAAGCGCAAAACACGCGACUGAAUACCUUUAUUAACUCCACCAACUCAGCGAUCGCUAAAUUGCAGUCUGACAUUGCAAGUGAUAAGGCGAAUGUUGAUGCGGCGCUGGAAGGUUUUAGCGCGGCUCUGGCAAAACUGGCAGAAGAUUAUAAAGCUGCCGAUUGCAAAAUUGAGCAGCGUAUUGCCGCCGAGGAGCAAGCGCGUAAAGAUGGUGAUUCUCGUCUGGAAGGUAUUAUUAAAACCAACGAGAAAGAAUCCACCACUGCAAUUAAAGAAUUGCAGGACUCCGUCAAAUCAGAUCUGAAUACUUUCGAGCAGAAUGUUGAUAAUAAACUGCUACAGAUUAAUAACGAUAUUCGUGAUCGUACUGAUAAACAGAUCGACGGGCUGGAUGAAAAACUCUCUGCGAAAAUUACGGCGCUGGAAAUUACCGAAGCUGCCGACAAUAAAACUACGAACGCGCGUAUUGAUGCGUUGCAGAAAGAAGUCGGUGACGGUGUUAAUGACCGUAUCGCUAGCGCUGCGGCUGAUCUCAACCAGCGUAUUACUAAGGUUGAGAGUGACGCUCAAACUGCAAAUGCUGAACUGGAAACGAAGCUCCAGAAAGCUAUUGCAGAAGGUGACGCGAAGCAAGGCCAAGACCUGACCGAACUCAAAGCGCUGGUAGAAACUCAGGGCGAGCUAAUCACCGCUAGCCGUGACGAGGCUACUCUGGCCUGGGAGAAGGAAGUUAAAGACCGCAUCGCGGGUGAUGAGUUCCUCCAGAAACAAAUUGAUAGCUUGGGUAACGAUGUUACCGAAGCGGUCAAGAAAGGUGAGGAAGAUAUCGCCGCCGCCAUUAAAGAGGCUAGCGAGUCUCUCGACGGGCGUAUCACUGCGGUUGAGGAUGCUGUUAAGUCCGUUCAGGAGAGCGACGCUAAACAGUGGACUACCAUUAACAACACUGUAGAGAGUCAGAACCAGCUCCGUGAGCAGGUUGACAAAAUGCAGGAGGUUGUUGACAAGGUAGAUACAGCCGCCGUGGACAAUCUUACUGAACGCGAAGUCACCGCGCUGAAAGAGCAGGUUGACGGUCUUGAUGUGUCUGAGGACGUUGACAGCCUUAAAGAAACGGUUGCGCUUCACACCUUGCAGAUUGAAGCGGCGCAGGACGCGGUUAAAUCUCAGGGCGAACGUCUGGAAGUUGUUGAGAAGCAGAUCCCCACACUGGAAGGGCGUGUAGAUAAGCUGGAAGAUGCAGCGAAAGACGACUCUCUCACCAAGCGCGUAGCGGCUAAUGAGAUCUCCGACCUCAUCACCAAAGAGGACGCUGUAGAGGUUCGCGUUAAAGCUCUGGAAGAUGCAGACGGUGAAGGGUACGACGACACUGAACUGCGGGCGCAGGUCGAGAGCGCUAAAAGCGUGGGAAAUGCUAACGCCGAGUCAAUCGCAGAUCUGCAACCUGCCGUUUCAAAACUGGAGGCUGACGUUGCUAAGAUUACUCCAGACGUUACCAAAGCGGCGGUUGUGUCGUCUGGUGGUGCUGGCCCUCAGUUCACCGACUCAAGCGGUCAACGUGUCGGCUGUAGCUUUGACGGCUCUCAUGUUACGUUUACACAUUCUGACCUUCACCACAAGUGUGUACUGGUAGAGGGUGGCGGUUCUAUCUCCAAAGCCGUUUCUCAGAACAGCAAACUCACUAUGUACGGUUGCUGUAAAGCUACGUGGUUGCCAAUCAAAGAAGGUUACAACACCUACGAGGCAACUAUUUAUGUAGAGAAUAAAAUUAUGUAUAUCUCAAUGACCGAGAAGAAAACAUCGUUUUAA